GAUUGGCCUUUAAACCAAAAGCCCGGCUGCGAUCGCCACCAACCGAUGAUGCCAUUCCACAAGUGAACCAGGAACAACCGCGCGUCAGAGCCAUCCGGGGUUUCGCGGGGUCUGGGGUCAUUCCAAGACAAUGCUCAUCUCUCGGCUUUGCAGCCUGGGAUGAUCCACGCCUACGGAUAUACUGAUGAUGAGGCAGGACUACGCAUUCUGGUCACCGUGCUGCGAGCACGACGGAAUACGGCAUUAUUCGCUAGGAGUGUGCGGAAUAAGAUUUCCAGAACUCCAGGCAUACCAAAUAAUCGGCAACCUAAAGACGUGGUUGCCACGAGCUCCGCCAAUGUAUGUUCGUCCGACGGAAGACCCGCCACACCCAUAUAUUCGCUCCGACGGAUCUCUCUACACCUAACUCCCAGCUGCGAUUAUCGGCCCGGACGGCAAAAAUGACGUU